UGUCGCUGGCGUAGCCCACGUGAUAAACGUUUUCAUAUGUUCUCCGCUGAAAUUGUUUUGUGUCGCUACUUGUAUUGUGAUGACAAGUUGAAUAUCCCAUCGCGAUCCUAGAUUAUUGCUGGCACUCAGUUCGAGUCCAGCCGUUGCGAGAGCCGUGUGCGGUUAGGUGCGAUCCGCUGCAUUACAAAAUCGACGUGUUUGUACCGUCUCUUCCGCAUUCGACGGGUGACAAGUGUAUUAUUGUGUUGCGAUGGCCAGCGGCCAGUGUUUCGACGACGGCACCGUCGCCGGCGACGACGGCUGAUUGUCACCGACCGCCAACAAUUGCCACCGGCACGACCGCCCCCCUUUAACCGACAAAUAUAAUAAUAGUGUGGUUCUUGUGCACCAUGUCCCAGUGUAAAAAGUUCGCACCGAAUAUAUUCCACAAGACCAAAUGUUCUAAUUGUUUCCGUCAAAAGGAGGAACACUCGGCCGAGGCAUUGGAAUGUAAUCGGGCCAGUCGUUCGAUAGCUCGCAGCGGGUACUUGUUCGUGGCACCCGAUUGGGACUUCUCCGUGCCGCUCAACAGGACCAAGAGGUGGCAACGUCGAUGGUUCGUCCUCUACGACGAUGGGGAGCUCAAUUAUUCUGUCGACGAACACCCGGACACGGUGCCCCAGGGAUCCGUGGACAUGUCGAAGGUGCUCGAGGUGACCGGCGCCGAACAGGUGACGGGCCACCCUCACUCCCUCGCCCUCACAAGUCCCGACCGCGUCACCUUCGUGAAGGCCGCGAGCCGAGAGGACGCUCGAUGGUGGGCCGAAUUGCUCGCCGUGUUUCCCAGACGGCACAAGAGGAACGCCACGUUUCCGGGUGGAAGGGCGUCUCCUAGUCUGCCGCAGCUGGGACGCAGCGCGUCGCCUCAGCCGCCCCGUCCCCGCCACCUCUCCGUGACGGGGCCGAGUCCUCGAACGAACUUUGAAACGCCGCCCCUGAAGGAAGAACGCGAAUCUCCGCCGAAGGACGAGCAGAGGCACACGUGGGUGCCCGAACGCACCAGCAGUCUCACCAUCGAUUCCAUACCUAGUCCAGUCAGAAAUGAUUAUGUUGUAAGCUCCGGAUCACCUCCAACAAGAGACAAGCUGCGUUGCGACGACAAAGCAAGAGCUAGAAGAGAUUGGCGAAAUGAAAGACUAAGAGACAUCGCCACAGCACUGACAGAUAGAUCACCUGAAUCUAGUUUGGCACUACCAUCGGAAGGUCUCCUACACCUAAAAAAGGGUUGGUUGUGGGUGAAACAAACCGACGGAUCUUGGGUGAAACGCUGGAUAGUACUUUGCGGACCGACUUUGAACGUCUACAAUGAGCAGGACGAACAGAGCUUACCGGAAAUCGUGGUGGAGAUGUCCACGGUGACGAGCUACAAUGAAAUACCCACCGACAACAAACACGGUUUCGAAAUAACCUGGGGUGGACCAACUCUAACCCUGAGUGCCGUCACCCAAGGCAUUCGUACCAAUUGGAUGCAGGCUUUGAAGAAGGCCGCUCCAAUACCAGUCGAGAGUCCCACAACUCCAGCUACUCCAAGAUCAAUACUCUUAUCCAGCGAUGAAGAAUACCGAACGGCAUCUGAAGGUGGAAGACGGGGUUCGGAGGAUUGGAGCGAACUUCCUCCGUCUCCGCCUUUGAACAGGCUCUCCUUGAGCAAGGUUAAGGAUCGUACAAGGUUAAGGCCCAGGUUGCCCAGAUGCCAGUCGAGACAGUCAACGCUUGAUAGUACGUCGACUGAUGAAUUAGAUUGCGCCAAAGAACCCGAUCAUGUGGAAUUGAAUAACAGACAAAAUCUGGAAGUAACAGAGAUUCAAAAGAACUUAGCCAACGCGCUAGGCGAAAUACAGAUAUUGGAAGAGGAAAUUGCAAGGUUGAAGAAACUUCAAUCUGAAGCAAUAGCUCGCGAAAAGAAAACCAAGGAAGAAAUGCUCAUAGCGCUAGAACGCACAGAAAAGGACUUAAACCAAAGAAACUCCCAGGCUGAAGUCAAAUUUUUGAAGGAGCAGAGGGCGUUACAAAGGCGACUUGCCGAAACCGAAGAGUCCUUCAAGAAAACAGAAGAAAAGUACAAUCUUCUUAACAGGGAGCUACAAACCAAACAACGUGCCAUAUCUGAGUUACAAAAUGAACUGAGCAGUUCCACGGAAAGAUUGGUCAGAAUACGGCAAGAUAAUGAUCGAAUGUACAAAAAGAUACAGGAAAUCGAAGGAAGAAACAAUUAUAAAAAUUGUGGUGUCAACGUAGAUUCAUUAACAGACCUAACAAACAUAGACUUGGACAUUGAUCUUGAAGAAAUGGGUCAUGAUGAAUUAAAAGAAUACUGUCUCGAUUUAAAGUGUAGGUUUGAAAAGGCUGUGGUCGAAAUUCGGGCAGUAAAAAGGGAACUCCGUGAGGCGUACGAAAAAGUCGACAAUCUUGAAUUAGAAAAUUACUCGAUGGUUAGUCAGAUCGACGUUUUAAAUAGUGAACAUCAGGCUGAGUUAGAUCUACUUGUGCAAAGACUUGACCAUCUUACUGCUAAAUUAAACAGCACAGAAAAACAGCUCAGAACUAAGUCAAAGUCGGAAUCUAGAGACAAAAGAAGAUCACUUUCUCUUAAAGGUCGGGAAAGUUUCUCUAUAAACAAAGAGGUAGAAGACAAAGUUACAGAACUGGAGGCCAAAAUAAUGGCUUUGGAACGUGGAAGAACAAAGAGGAAAUACAAAAGAGACAAAAGUAACGAAAGAGGAUCUCCUAUAGACGACAAAUCGUUGCGACGAUUAAGAAGAAAGAGUCUGGAUAGUGCUACAUCGUCUGAGCCAAUGAAGUUAUUGAUGCGUCUCAGCACAUUGGAGUCCAAAGUUACAAACGUCAACGCAUCGAAUGAAUCUUUAAACGUGUUAAAUGGCAGUGUGUCGGAUUUAACGAAAAUGAAAGAAGAAAGUUUAGAAACCGUGGACUAUAAUAAAUUAAUAUCUAGGGCGAAAUCCAAAGUGGAAGAGUGUUUGUACAGUGUGAAUAUUCUUAAAAAUGCUAGAAGAUUGCUUAAUAGUACGGACAAACUUCUUAAUUUAGAAAACAUAUUGAAUGAACUUAAUGAUAUUUUAAGUGUAAAUGAUCAUAAAGUUAGUAGUGCGGAAGUGGAGGUGAUCAAUGUUUCAGCAACAGCCGUUGUAAAACAACUGCAAUCGCUCCUGGUCGAAAAAUUGACAAAUCUAGCAGAGAAGAAAAGACUGUUGCAGGAAAACAAUAAAUUGGAUGCAUCAUCCAGGUUACAAAUAUUAGCGGAGAAAGUUGCGUUUGAAAAUAUUUUAGUCAGUAGAAUACAAGAAGCAUUAAGUACGCCCAUCACAGGAGAUACCAUAUGCAACAGGUUGAUAAGUAAAGAAACAAGGGAGACUGCACACUUAAUUGUAUCUUUAAGAAAUAAAUUGAAUGGUUCCUCGCAAAAGCAACCAACAUCAUGCAAUACAGGUGCAGAAUACCUUUCCAAGAUUUUAAGUAAAUGUUUAAUAUCUUCAACGAAAGGUUUCAAGACGUUCAAAUGUUUUAUAGCAAAGAAAACACCAUCAUUACAGCUUUUGUGCGAAGAACAAGAAAAACUGGAAUCGCUAGUUAGAGCGUACAAACAAACAAAGUUACCACAAUUAGCAGAAGCCUUAGCUACAGAGGCCAUGAAUCUGGCCACAGACAAGGGUUGUAGACUACGUCCUUUAAAUCAUGAAACCAUUGACAACCUUCACAGAGCAGCGAGAGAAGUUGUCAAUUCAGAGUUGAUUCAAUCUGAAAUCAAUCAUGUUUUACUAAGAGCGGCGCAGGUUUACCAAUCCAAUAUUGAUGCUGAUCAUACAUUCUUCUUCAGUUUUUUUGCGUCAGAAAGGGCGGCAUUGGAGUUGUGGUCAGAUUCUGUAGGAGAAUGCUUGUAUGAAGAGGUCAAUCAGUGCAUUGGAGAGUUGACAGACUUAUACCAGAACAGCUUGAAUAAAAUGCAAAAACAGAAUUGGCGUAGACGAGUUGAAUCUGAGAGGAAUACAAGACCGACUUCUAACAUGCUGGUGGAGUUUGCUGAUGUGAUAGCUCACAAAGCUCUUAUUGAUGCUAGAAUUAAUGUUCUGAGCGGCAAGCACACAAACUACUUCAGCGACAUUGGUCCAGAAACCAACAGUUUGAACACUUGGUUGGAAAACGAUAAUUAUUGGACAACAGUAAAUCAGUCCGUGUCUGUAAGCCAAAGUUUGGAAGCUGAGUUCAAUUGUAUGGUAGAAAAAUACAGCGACGAAUGUUACGCUGUGUUGGGAAAGCCUGAGCUGGAGGAAGUCUGCGGUUAUUUGGAUGAGUUCGCGGUAAAAGUUGGGGAGUUACAGAAGUACACGAACUCUUCCAGCGACUUCAACGAGGUCACGGUGCGCAGUUGGAACGACGUUUGUAAGAAAUGUAGAAACCUAAGGGACAGUCUGGAGGAUGUGAGGAAUUCACUCUCUAGGUCGGGAUCUUUAAAACGGUUGGAAAGUUUUGAUGAUCAACGACCCGUGUAUUUGGGCACAGAAUAUCUCACACAAGUAGAAAACCUAAGAGCCGCAUAUCGUUGUGCCUUGGCGUCUUGCAAGGAACGUCAUCAGGAAGCGGACAUCGAGCAGCUCCAAAGUCUGUGCGAAAGGGUCCUUGGUUCCAUGGAGCAAUGGCACCGUCGUACCAUCCAAGAACUGCGUGAGGCCCACGCCCAAGAAAUGGAAGCCCUCAAACAGGAUAACGAACAGGCUUUGGCUGAAGAAACGCAAGCGACGUUGGCUGCCCUUGAAGCCAUGAGAAAGGCACACGAGACGGAAGUGCAGAGGGAAGUAGCCAGGUUCAAACAGGAAUUCGCCAGACAACAAAGGGACGAGAUAACAGAUCUGAAGGAGCGGCUGUCGGUGAAAAGCCUUGAGGCUGCCGCUUUGGAGGAACAGCUAGGCAGUGCAACCAGACAGUUGGCGCACGCACAGCAACAUAUUUUGCAGCUCGAACGGAACCCCCAGCUCUCUUCUUUGCAGAACUGACGGCGAGUAUCCGGAAAAAGCAAACUUACUAGUCUUAACAAGCCUCAUACGUAUACCAGUGUUUAAGAUAGAUGAGUACAAUAUAUUCACGGUUAUGUACAGAUCAUUGCACUUUUCACUCUUCGAUUCGUCACUUAUGAUGCCCUAUUUCACCACAAACUCACACACAGGGUGUUGUAAUUGUCGGAUCAUUGUUUUAACCCUUCUUUCCUGUCUGAUGUUUUCUGUUUUUAAUUUAUUUUACUUCAUAAUAAAUUUAUAUUCGUUAGGUGUACAAUACUAGAUGAUAGAUUUUUUGUAACAGUUUAUUGUUUAUAUGUGUUGGGUUUAUAUGGAAUGUUUAUAUAUUACAAACAAAUAUAUAAAGUUACAGUUAAAUGAAAUUUUAUUUUUACUUUAGGUUUAGGUACAUAAAAAUACAAUUAUUUGUUAUUUUUAUUGUUAGAAUUACAUCGGCUUCUUAAAAAUUAUCUCAAAAUCAACAAUAACAGCUUAAAUAAAUGGAAUGAAUUGCAAAAUAUAAAAACUUAAUAAAAACAAUAAAACAAUCACAUCAGAUACUUAAUAGCAGAGAAGUAAGUUAACACGUAUUAAUUAAUUAA